AUGAUUUUGGCUGUAAUGUGUUUCGAUUUGGAAGUAGACUCUCUCCGAGUUAUUAAUUACAACGUGCAAUAUUCUCAAAACACUAACGCAGAAAUGAUCAGGAAUAUGAAAUUGAAUGACUUGCUAGGUUAUUCACCGCAAGUUUUAAAAACUAAAAAGUCUUUACCAUUAACCAAUGAAUUAUUACAACAAAAUUUAAAGGAUUUAAGUCGAUUAAAUCCACUAGUGUCAUUCGCCGACCUAGAGGUAUCGUCCAUUGUACAGGGCCAUUCGUAUGCAAAAUAUUUCAAAGAGUACAAUGAUUUUUUAAAUAUUAUAUGGUGGCGCAAUUUACGUCUGGGAAACUGGAAACUUUUCAUUAAUACUUUGGAAAACUAUGCCGGCAAAAAUAGUUUUCAAAUCUUUACCGGAACUUCGCACAUGCUUGAACUUCCGCUAAAUUUAACACACAAACAAAGUAAAAAACUUGAACUGAAGAUUGAUUCGAAAAAUCUAACUAUACCAGCCUACAUUUGGUCUUAUGUUAAGUCCAUUGAUGGUCGUAACCAAGAUUUUAUAAUUGUUGGUUACAAUUCGCCCUUUGCAGAGUUUUUUACCUUGAAAGAUAUAAUAUUUUGUCCUGACAUCUGCUCAAAAAUACCCUGGUUAGAGGACAUACACACUGCAUUCCGUUAUACAUUUGCUGGAAUUAUGUUUUGUUGCUCUACGAAUUUCAUUAAGAUCACAAAAUAUCUAAACGGAUUUCCAACGGAUGUUUUUGAUAAAACUUUUAACAAUUUGCUAUAG